AUGUCGAAAUCACAGUCCCUCAAGACCUACUAUGGGAUCGAGACGGGUGAACCACCAGCAGCGCCGGCACCGCAGCCGACACUGGAUGAGUGGACAACGGACAAGCCACUACAUGCUCUGCUGAAGGCAUCCAACGAACUCAUGGACGGCAUCCGCGAUUUGUACGCCGACCGACAGAGCCUCGUGUACAACCACCACCAGGAACUUGUCAAUGCGAGCGAGACGGUCGGCCAUAUGCGCCAUGGCAUCGAGGCACUACGUCCGAAUCGUGAAGCUCUCGAGGUGCAGCUAAAAGAGAUGCAGGCGAAACGCGCCAUGCCGCCUGUCUACAUCGCAUCCGAUGCUGAUGCAAGUAUUCCUUGGGUACGCGACGUGGCACCUAUCGCCGAACUGCCUUUGAAGCUGCGCUACAUGCUGGAUCAGAACCAGCUUGCCGAGGCUGUGGCACUGUUCGAUACUUACAAACCUACGAUACACGCCUGGGCACAGGCCGGUGUGCACGGCGCGGAGGAGCUUGGAAAAGACUGUGAAUACAUACUGAAAGAGGCACACAGCACAUAG